CUCCCGGCCCCCGGCCGCAGCUGUUCGAGGAGGGGCGGUGAUGUCAGGCGAGAUACAAAUAGCAGCGCCUGGUCCCGUCCCGGACUCCUGCCCGGCUCCAGCCCCAGCCCCAGCCCCAGCCGCCGCCUCGCGCCCACCGCCGCCACCGCCACCAUGAGCCACUUCUCGUCCAGCCAGCGGGUCUCCUCGUACCGCCGCGCCUUCGGCGGGAGCUCCCCGUCCUUCCCGCGCGCCUCCUUCGGCAGCGCCGGCUCCAGCAGCUCCUUGUCGUCCCGCGUCUACCAGGUGUCGCGCAGCUCGGGCGUGCCCGGCAUGACGGUGCUGCGGACGUCCCGCACGAUGCCGGGGCUGCGGUCCUCGGCCUACGCCGGCUCAGGCGAGCUGCUGGACUUCAGCCUGGCGGACGCCAUGAACCAGGAGUUCCUGACCACCCGCACCAACGAGAAGGUCGAGCUGCAGGAGCUGAACGACCGCUUCGCCAGCUACAUCGAGAAGGUGCGGUUCCUGGAGCAGCAGAACGCGCUCAUGGUGGCCGAGGUGGAGCGGCUGCGGGGCAAGGAGCCCACGCGCGUGGCACUGCUCUACGAGGAGGAGCUGCGCGACCUGCGCCGCCAGAUCGACGUGCUCACCGGGCAGCGCGCCCGCGUCGAUGUCGAGCGUGACAACCUCCUUGAUGACCUGCAGAAGCUCAAGCAGAGGCUGCAGGAGGAGAUCCAGCUGAAGGAGGAGGCAGAGAACAACCUGGCUGCUUUCCGCGCUGACGUGGACGCGGCCACGCUGGCGCGCAUUGACUUGGAGAGACGCAUCGAGUCGCUGCAGGAGGAGAUCGCCUUCCUCAAGAAGGUGCACGAGGAGGAAAUCCGGGAGCUGCAGGCGCAGAUGCAGGAGCAGCAGAUCCAGGUGGAGAUGGACGUGUCCAAGCCGGACCUGACAGCCGCGCUGCGCGACAUCCGUGCCCAGUACGAGACCAUCGCCGCCAAGAACAUCUCCGAGGCCGAGGAGUGGUACAAGUCCAAGGUGUCCGACCUGACGCAGGCGGCCAACAAGAACAAUGAUGCGCUGCGCCAGGCUAAGCAGGAGAUGAUGGAGUUCAGGCACCAGAUCCAGUCCUACACCUGCGAGAUCGACUCGCUCAAGGGCACGAACGACUCGCUGCUGCGGCAGAUGCGGGAGAUGGAGGAGCGGUUCGCGGGAGAGGCGGGCGGCUACCAGGACACCAUCACGCGGCUGGAGGAGGAGAUCCGGCACCUGAAGGACGAGAUGGCGCGGCACCUGCGCGAGUACCAGGACCUGCUCAAUGUCAAGAUGGCACUGGACGUGGAGAUCGCCACCUACCGCAAGCUGCUCGAGGGCGAGGAGAGCAGGAUCAGCCUCCCCAUCCAGAGCUUCGCCUCAGCAAUCAACUUCCGAGAGACCAGCCCGGAGCACCGUGGCUCGGAGAUGCACACCAAGAAGACGGUGAUGAUCAAGACCAUCGAAACCCGUGACGGGGAGGUGGUGAGCGAGGCCACGCAGCAGCAGCACGAGGUGUUGUAGGCGCCGGGCCCAGCCGCGCCAAGAGACGAGGAGACCGGCUCGUCCCCCCCCUCCCCCCCAGCCUCCACCUCCCCCGGACGGCUGAAGGACCCCCACCCCACCCCACCCCACCCCCCUGCCCCCCCUGCCUCUCUCCUGCUCCCCAAGCAUGCACGGCGUCUGCAGCCAGGAUCCCCAUGCCAGGCUUGGGGCCGGGAGGCCCCCGGCAGCAGGGUCUGAGCCCCCCGCUCCUGACCCCGGGGGGCACUUGGAGAAGGGCCCCCUCAGCCCCGGGGCUGCGUUGGGGGCUGCAGAGGGCAGCACGUGGGGGUGCCUGGACCAAAGCCUUGACCUCCCGGCUCUGCCCCCGCCCGAGGCGCUGGCUCCAGGGGGCAGCAGGAUUGGGGCCCGGGGGGGCCGCGGGGCGGCCAAGAGGACACGUGUAGGUGAAGCACGGGACGGGAGAAGCGAGCGCGGGCGGUGCAGACAGGACACGGAGAGAGGCUGAGGGCCGGGACGCCCGGCCUGGACCCCCCGGGGUUGAGUCCCCCCUGGCUGCCACGGCCCUGGGGCAGGAAGCCAGGCCAGGCCCAUGGUGCCCUGGCCUGGGCCGAGCCACCGGGGUAGGGGAGCCUGGAUCCGGCCCCCUAACACCUGGUACCCCCCCAGGGACCCAGGCCCCGCCGUGCUGCCUGGCUGCAGGGCUCGUCGCGGUGCCCAGUGCUGCACGCACGCGCUGCACACGCCUGCCCCACGCUUGCACAUGCGGUCACUCACUAGCAGCAGCUUCAGUGUGACACAAGGAGGGGGGCACAGCCCGGGAGACACUGCCCCUGGUGGAGGGGGCAGGAAGUGCAGGGGGGGCAAAGGGGCGGGGCAGGAGGUGAGGAAUAGGGCAGCAGGUGGGGCUAUGCUAAUGAGCUGGUGCAGCGGGCAGGCGGAGCCAUGCAAAUGAGGGCGGGUGGCUGUGGCCAUCUCGCCUGUCCGUGUGCGCACGAGACUCACACGCUUGUGCCCUGGAGUGGCCGGGUCCUGGCCCCGCGCCUGCCCGGGACAAUAAACGACGUCACCCACCACA